GUUGAUAUUAAAUAAAUACAAAACGAGUAAAAUAUGUAAUAAAAUGUCAGCUGUUUUGCCAUUAUUUUCAUUAUUAGCUUAUCUUUGGAUCAAUUAAGUGAUACUUUAUAUAUCAUUGACAUACCAUGAAAGGUAAGGCAAAGAAAGAUAAAGAGUCAACGGAUCCGUCCGAAGACACGACAUGUCCGCUGCAAUUGAUUCAAUUCAAAGCCAUCGACAAACAAAAAGUGUGUCCACGACUGACAUCAGUUGUUGAACGCAAUGAAGAUGAAGGCAUUGGAUCUGAAGAUUUGGAUGCAUUACAGUCUGAGUUGGAAACACUUCUGGUGUCUGUUGUUCAAAGACAACGACUUCUGGAGACAGAAAUGGAAUCACUGGUCAAUUGGAGUGACUCGAAGAAUAAGGACAAACGGUCGCCAACUAAACCGACAGAAGUAUUUGGAAAAAGAAGUAAAUUUUCGGAGGAAAAGCCAAAUAAAAGAUUUAAAGACAACCAAUUGAAUAGCAAUAACAGUAGCGGCAAAUCGAGAUCACAAAAAGCCAAAAAUUUACUCACAAAAAACACAGAAUCGGAAUAUUCAGAGCCUCAGAAAGCAGUGUCCAAAGCAAUUGUCUUCAAGAAUGAUAUUCCCAACCAAUUUUGGCAAUUUGUUGAACCCUACUAUUGUGAGAUCACUUCAGAUAAUAUCAAAUUUCUAAGCGAAGAAAUAAAAUGCUACGAAAACGAAUCGGAAUUUUAUAAAAUACCAAAUUUGGGAAAACAUUAUUCGCUUAAAUGGGACGACACUAACAUAAUUGGACAAAAAGACAAAAAGAAAGGCUUAAGUGCUUCCAAUUGUUCCGGAAGUCGGUCUUCACUCAUACAGUCUACUAAUAAAUCCAAAAAGGGAUCCAAAAAUCACUCAGAACCCGAUAAGACAUCUUUUGGUGCUUUAACACAACGACUCGUCUCGUGUUUAAUAGAAGAGAACCUCUUAAAUGGCGGUCUUAUCGACUCAAAGUCUAUAACAAAUGAUAGCAAACCAUCCAAUGGUAAUCAUAAGACUUUUAAAUCAUUAAAUCUGGGAAAUACUGCUCAACUCGAGAGACUUAUUCGCAAAGAACUAGAAGAACAUGGAAUCAUAAGUCUCGAUGAUAUUCUUAACGGAUCGGAUGCUAGUGGUGGUGAUGAAGAUGAGAUACUACAAGAACUAAAACGUUGUCAAAAAGAAUUGAAAAGUUUAAGUGACAAAAAUCAGAAACAUUUAAAACGUUUGUUAAAUGCAUCUAAAAAAGAGAUGACUAAACAAGAAAUUAGCAAAAAACUAGAUUUGGCUGAUAUGGAAGUCACAGAAGCCUACCGUCGGGUGGUUUCUGCCAAACAAAAGAAGAGACCGCUCACUAAAAAGGAAAAAGACGUGGCUUUCAAAGCCAUUAAAGACAGGGAACAAGUUCUUAAACAAUUACAAAGUCUCUCAAAUUAAUUCAUUCAUUAUUUAUCAUUCAUUUACAAUAAUUAUUUUUUGUCUCAUUUGUAUCGCAUAUUUAUUUACAAAAUAUCAUUUAUUUCUAUUUAUGACAUUUUGUGUAAACCAGAGUUAUUGUAUACAACAAUCUAUAUUUAAAAAUAUUUUUAUAAAACGGAAUAAAUUGUUG